UCUUUUACAGAUGAUUUGGUUUUUUAAAAAAAAAAAAAAAAAAAAUGUAAAAAAUCGUUAAAUGUGCCGUCCUAAGUUUUACCUCUUACUGCGCAUGCGUCAACUCUGUGUCCGGAAGCGCUGCAGGAACACGUUGGACGGUGGAAACCACAAUGUUCAAGCACGUAUUUCUGACAGGACCUCCAGGUGUGGGGAAAACCACCCUGGUCCAGAAAGCCUGCGAGGCUUUAGUGUCAUCAGGAGUGGGAGUUGAAGGCUUUUACACGGAGGAGGUCAGGGAAGGAGGCCGGAGAGUCGGCUUUGAUGUGGUCACCCUGACAGGAGCGAGGGGCCACCUGUCCAGAAUCAGAGACAGUAGAGACAGCCAGCCUCACGGCAGGCGGGAGUACACAGUUGGCCAGUAUGUGGUCGACUUGCCUUCAUUUGAAAAUCUGUCUCUCCCCCUCUUCAGAAAUAUUGGUUCGGCGGAUGGAAGCAGCAGCAGCAGGAAGGUGUUUGUCAUUGAUGAGAUUGGGAAAAUGGAGCUCUUCAGCCAGUCUUUCAUCAGGGCAGUGAGACAGACCUUAGAUAGCUCUUCCUGCACCAUCCUGGGCACCAUCCCCAUCCCUAAAGGUAAACCCCUUGGGCUGGUCGAAGAGGUGCGGAACAGGAGGGAUGUCAAGGUGUUCACUGUGUCUAAGGAGAACAGAAAUGCUAUUCUACAAGACAUCUUAGAGACACUGCAGGAAUGUUUAAAGUCGAAAGCCUAAUAUUGAGCUUCGUAUGGAGCCACUAAAAAGGAAAAAACCCUGCAGCUCGCGUGUGGCUCUUUGCUGACUACAAGUUUUCUAAGUGUCAGCGCUGGAACAGUUCAAACAGCCAGAGACGAUUAUAAGGAUCUACCCGCGCUUUGCAACUGGGGUUGCGACCUAAGCUUAGAGGCAUCCCUGGCUGCUGGGGGAGUUGGUGUGUCGCAUGCAUUUAUUUAUGUACACAAUUAAUUUUUUUUUCCCCUUUCUCAUACAGCCUCAGACUGGUGUGCAUGCUGAAUAAUUGAUUGUGAGAUGGAAGACAGCGGGGAAAUAGUUCAGUUUCUGGGUGAAUACGUCAAAGCCUCAAAAACAGGUCUUUAUUGUUUAACUGAUUUAUAGAGACAUCAGAAGGCAUUUUUCUUCUGUUAGUACAAAAUCUAAUUUUUAUUUUCCCCACAAAGUCAGGUGGUGCUGCCGUUUUUAAUAAAGGGGCGAACGAAGCCGUGCCCCUGUUGACUCAUUUAGCUCUUUGCUAUGCGAGCCUCCGUUUGUCUCAUCAACCUGAGGCUGUUCUCAUUGAAAGUCGAUCAAUAUUUAACGAUGCAGCCCAUCCUUUCAUGGUUUAUUCAUCGUCUAAUGUGAACAGAAAAUAAUUUAAAAAUAAACAGUUUGUUUUUCUCGGGUAUUUAUUGUUCAUUUUUUUACUGGCAA